UGAAGUAUUAGGCCGCGUAAAAAACAUUCACAAUCAUUUAAUGUGAAAAUUUCCAAAAAAAAAACCAACAAAUAAACAAAUUUCACGGAAUGUCCGCCCCAAAGCUAACGGAAGAGCAGAUAGAGCGAUAUCGGGAGUGGUUCGAAGCGCUCGAUGAGGAUCGCAAUGGUUCAAUCCCACUUUCGCGCUUGGAAUCGGCCCUAGCAGACACUGUAGGCAUGGGCAUGCCACUGGUAUUCAAGCCCUACGAGGAGUGGCAGCGAAUGAUCCGUGAUGCCGAUGCGGACGUUAAUGGAACAAUCGAACUGCACGAGUUUCUGCACAUGAUGGCACGGACAAAUCAUAGCAAAUCGGCGGCGCGAUUCUAUCGACGAGCGUUCAAAUUCUUUGACAUAGAUUGCGACGGGUACAUGACUCCGGAUGAGUUGUACAGUCGGAUUUAUAGAUACCAGAAGCAUAUAACCAACGAGGAACUUUCGGCCUUCAUGGAGGCAGCGGAUGGGAAUAAGGAUGGGAAGAUCAGCUGCGACGAGUUUGUGGAUUUUAUGAUGAGUUAA